UGAUGUGCUUGUUUUCGCCAAAAGUCUUUCUAAGAAGCAAGAAGUGUUUUCAUUCAAAAUGUUUUCAAAAUCGAAUAAAAUCAUUGUGUUUGCAAAGAAAUUAAUUCUUAUAAGUAACCCCUAUAAGUCGUUUUCAAUUGGCUGCGCUGCUAAAAAUAAGGAACAGAUUAGCGACAGGAAAGAUUUGAAUAUUUUUAAAACUUUCACAGCAAAAUUAAGACCAGAUUUAGAAGAAGAAUAUCGGAAGUUUAACGCAGUGUUUCCAGAUGUAAAACGCGAAAUAUUCACAUUCAUUGAGAAACGUACAAACAAAAAGACCGCUGAAUAUUUUGAUCGGGCUCUUCAAUAUAAUGUGCCAAACGGCAAGCAAUUUCGUCCUAUGCAAGUGAUCUUGGGCUACAAAGAUUUGAUGGACAAAAGCGAGCAGACACCCGAAAAAAUGUAUAAACUUUAUAUGAUUUGUUGGGCACUUGAGCUGGUCAAUACAGUAAUUGUCAUCCACGAUGACAUAAUAGACGGUGGUGUUGUACGUCGGGGUCGUCGAUGUUGGCAUACAUUGGAAGACAUUGGAAAUUUUGCUGUGAGUGAUUAUAUUCUGAUCAUUCAUAGUGGUUACUUCAUUCUUAAGAACCACUGCAGUGAUCUUGCCUGUUAUUCGGAGUUAUUUGAGUACAUUGUCGAAGGAGUAUUUUCCACGCAUAUGGGCCAAGCAAUGGAUUUUAUCGGUUUGGGCAAAGUAAGCGAUUAUUCCCUGGAGAUUGUGUAUCCCGCACAAGUGGUGAUAACCUCAAAUUUUCUAUUCUAUACACCAAUGUCGAUGUUGAUGUCACUCACCGGCUAUGAUAACCGCGAAUCAAUUAAACACAUUUGUGAUGAAAUGGGACACUAUCACCAAUGCCAAAAUGAUGUGUUGGAUAUUUUCGAUAUUGAUGGUGUCCUUCAGAAAACGACGCAUGAUAUUGAGAUCGGAAAGUGUUCCUGGUUAGCCGUCACAUGCAUGCGACGUGCUAAUGAUGAACAAAAGCAAAUUAUGAUUGAAAACUAUGGAAAAAACGAUUCUGAAUGUAUCAAUCGUGUCAAACAGCUUUUUAUUGAUAUGAACAUGCUUGAAUUGUACAGAGAAUUUGCAUAUGGGAAAUAUGAUUCAAUCAGAGCACUAAUUGCGGCGGCAGAAUGUCAAGAUCCAAUAAAAAAUGUGCUAUACAAAACGGUGGAUUUGCUAUUUCACCGCUCACAACUUUUCAAGUGAAACUAAAUGAAACAUUCACAUUAUUGCCAACAUUUUUCAUGUAUUUGCACAUAGCAAUAUAAAUAAAUAAUAUGAUACUGUAGAACACGUGUUUAUUCUGAUUGAGG